AUGUCAAGUCCUCCGUCUGCAUCAGAAAAUACCUGGUCUGGACCCCUGGUGACACCUGUUGCGUCUGCCCAAAAUGAUUGCUCUGACGGGCCCGAACGCCGUCAUCACAAGCAGCCGCGCCACCACGCCCGGGAUCAGCUCCUCCACCAUGGCAUCCAAGAAGCUCCUUCUCCCUCCCGUGCUGAAUCCCCCACCGCUCAUCAAUGGGCUAAACCGUCGGCCGGAUUCGCUCUAAAAAGGGCUACCACCGUCCCCCACGAGAAGCUCUCCCGUCCUGACCUAUUUCACAGCCCCCAGUUGUCGGAGAGAGAUAGUAUCUUUGCUACCCACUACCUCCCUUCUGAUAACGAACUCAAUCACUCGAUCGAGGCAAACCUGACUAACGCGGAGCCGACGUCUCAUGUGCGCAGCCGUAAGUCAAGCCAUUAUCUGGGUCUGUUCAAGGAAAAUACUACCUCACCGGAUCGCAAAAGAAGGGAAGACCGUGGAAGACGACACAAUGACCCUCUAGAACCAUUGGAAAAGCAUCAGCCUGCUGUCCACUCUGAACCUCGUCGCCUUGCGGAAUUCUCCGACUCGCAACCAGAAUUGCUGGUGGCCACGGAGGAUUCCAAUCUUCGGAGCUCGAAAAGUUUAUCUCAUCUGUCAAUGGCUAAUGCUCCGGUGAUCACCCCGAUUCUGGAGAGCGAGACAACGGAGCGCACGGUGAGCGAUGAUGUUAGGAAGCCUUAUAAAACCUUGCCUCGCAGCUUACUUGAAGAGAUCCGCAAUUUCCAUUUAACUCCGGGUGGUGCUCGCGGUACAUCGUUUUCUAAAAGCAUCCCGACGCAGUUUGCAGAAGGCGGCAGGGACUAUUUCUCGAAGGAGGUCCCUGGUCUCUCACCUUCCUCUGAUACAGAUCGAGAACGGCGUCGUGGCUCUGCACAAUAUGAAGAUGAAGACGAUGAACAAAUCUCCUCGGCUGUGUAUUAUCCCCAUGAACGCGUCACUGUUUCUGAAGAGGUUGAUCAAAUCCAGUCUUAUCCGGAUGGUCAACGUGGUACGAAACCAUUCGACCCAUCACCCACGAAGAGUAGUCACGUUCUAGUGCCCAAGAGACAUGGCGUCUCUGAUGAGCAAGAAAACAAUCAUGUGGAUAUAUCUCUUCGAUCUAAGAAUGAUAGUAGAAUUCUGCACGGUGAUUUGCAAGACAGACAAGCUCCACAAUUAGAAGAGUUGAUUGAAAACCCCCCGAGCGCCACGACCGACCGCAGCAGUGAGUAUUCAACGUGUGGAUCGGAGUAUGGCUCGGCGGAUGAAAGUGGCACGUCUACUCGCGACGAAGAGUCGAGUUUGACCGAUGAAGCUGAAAUGACACCAACUGCUACACCAACUCAACGUCAACGCCUUCCGCGCCGUGGACGCAAGCACAGUACAGAGGCUCCUUUGGGCGCGGUAGAAUUGAAACCUUACCGGCACCAGGUCGGUGGCCAUACUACCGUCUUCCGUUUCUCGAGACGCGCUGUGUGUAAACAGCUCAACAACCGGGAGAAUGAAUUCUAUGAGCGAAUUGAACGCAGACACCCGGAGAUGCUCAUGUUCCUGCCAAGGUACAUCGGUGUGUUGAAUGUAACCUUCUCUAAAAACCCCAAGCGUUCCAAGUUAACCUCCGAGGGAAAUUCUGAGGUUUUAAAUGGGGAACCUGCAACGGGUGAGACGAAUGGUCCCCAACAGGCCAAUUCACUAACUGCCAACGGUUCUCGUCCGUCUGAAACCGUGGAUCAGCCACGAAUUUUUAGUCAGAAACAAGUCACUGGAAUCAUUCCUAAGGUGAUCCUUGAAAACAACCGGCACAUCAUUCCGGCUGACUUAUUUUCUCGCCCACAACGGCCAAGGACUGCGGAUGGUACAACGAUGAACCGAGACAGAUGUCCUCAUGGUGUUGCAGCGAUGACUGGUGAACAAAGGUUGAGAAAUGGAUAUUUGGACGACACAGUCACUUCUCCGAAAAAGCCCAAGAUUAGUUGGGGCGCCACGACGGUCAAUCGCAAGCUACAGGAGCAGGUUCUCCGAGAGGUCUUCAGUCCUCCGGCUAUUCACCAUCACCGGCGUCAUGCUCGAGGCCACAUCACAUUACCAAGAAUGUCCUCGGAUAGUGUCACACGCAGGAGGGCUAACUUGUCCGAGGACCAUACCGCUAGUAGCCGUCGCAAUGCAUCCGUCCCCAAUGAACCACCACGGUCUGCUGCUAUAGACAUUACGAAGCAAACAGGUGAAGGCCCUGGCUUAUCAUCGUCAGCGUCUACCGCUUUAGACUCGAAUCAUAACCGCCUCCAACAAAUUCGAACAGAAGAGUCCGAGCCACGCUCCAUCUCAGUCUCACGGUCUCGCCGGGUAAGGCGCCGCCAUUCAGGAAGUGGCUUGCAAAGACGACGGAGUAUGAGCCCGGGGAAAAAAGAAGGCGACCUUAUGUUCUUCGAAGACGACGGGUAUGGUGGUGAUGGAGAGGACGAGAUAUUCUCCAUGGAAGCGGAUGCUCAGUUGGUGCCAUCAGCUACUCAGAGCGUGAACCCGCCCAACUUUGAAGCCUCGAAAACCGAUAUAGCCGAUGCAGUAGAAACCGAGGAUGGUUCUGUUGCCGAUAUGCCACCGAAGGAUUCCACCCUUGUUCAGCCAAAAGAUGACAACCGCUUCCUCCUUCCUUCUAAUCCCAAAGAGGCACAGACGCGGAAGGAUGAACGUGUGCAGUUUUUCUUGCUGUUAGAAGAUCUCACUGCUGGCAUGAACAAACCUUGCGUCCUUGAUCUCAAAAUGGGAACACGCCAGUAUGGAAUUGAAGCUAAUGAGAAGAAAAAGAAAUCUCAAAGACGGAAAUGCCAAUCAACAACCUCUCAGCAGUUAGGCGUCCGGCUCUGCGGUAUGCAAUCUUGGAAUGUGAAAAAGCAGGAAUAUACAUUCGAAGACAAGUACUUUGGCCGGGACCUAAAGUCAGGGCGCGAAUUUCAGGACGCCCUCACCCGGUUCCUCUACGAUGGUGUCAGCUAUACCAGCGUGGCGAAGAAGAUCCCUGUCAUCCUUGAAAAACUGUCCAAAUUGGAGAAUAUGAUCCGAAAGCUGAAACGGUAUCGGCUCUACGCUAGUAGUCUUUUGAUCCUUUAUGACGGCGAGCAGUCUUCCCAUGAGAAGGUUCCGCAGGAUGAAAAGAGCGUUGACAGCAAGCGAAUUCCUUUGCAACGCCGUGCCUCUGAUGAGGGACAUAAUAACAUGGACGUUCAGCUGAAGAUCGUCGACUUUGCAAACUGUGUCACUGGCGAAGAUGAGCUUUCUCCGGAUGCACCUUGCCCCCCACACCAUCCUGAUGAUAUCGACCGCGGUUAUCUGCGCGGCCUACGGACCCUCAGAAUGUACUUCCAGCGUAUCUUAAAGGAGCUCACCCAGGAUGAAUAUAUUGAACGAGGAGAGGGCGAAGCCAUUGCUCUAAGAUCCCAAGUGUCUGGCCAAGAGGACUUGUCCGAUCGCUAUUGGGAUGAAGGGGUGAUGGAAAGCGAUCCGGGUGAAGUCAGCUAUUAG